CCCACUUCUCGCCCACUCGGCCGCGUGUCUUCACCGCACCGUAGCCAAACUCAACCAGAGGUCUCUGUCUCGCACUUGACACACCGCCCUAUCUCCCUUGGGACGCAACUUGGCGCCGCAAGCCGUCCCACUUGGCGGAGGAGACCAAAGCGCGCCAUGUCGUCUGCGGCGCAGCAGGUGACAGAGAACAUCCAGCUUGCGCGCGAACACGCGCUGCUCGGCGACUACGACUCAGCGCUGCUGUUCUACGACGGCGGCAUUGCCAUGGUGCUCAAGCACUUGCACUCGCUGCCGCAUGGUCCCGACCGCGAAGCCUGGACCGGCCUCAAGGACUCGGUCACCACCGAGUGCCACACGGUCAAGCACAUCGCCUCGGAGCUGGCGGCGUUCAAGGAGAAGCCGUCGCGGAUGCGCCCGGUGGUCUUUGAUCCACCGCCGGGGCAUGGCUCAGGCAUGGCUGGCGGCUCUAGCUUUGGCGCUGGUGCGCGCCCGAUGCCGCAUCCGCCGCUGCCAGACGACCCUGACGUUUGGCCGCCACCGACCCCGCUGCCGCCGUCGUCGCCGGACCGUCCGUCGCGAAGCUAUGCGCCACCGGGCAAGCUUGCACGCUAUCAGUCGUCGACAGCGGCAUCGUCAGCCAAGGACAAGAUCCGCGGCGGUGACCGCAUGCCCAAGUGGGCCAAGCCGUCGAACAAACAGCACGUGGCCGGCCGCGACGGGCCGGCCGGCCGCUCGCGUGGCAGCCGCCCCGGCGGCCGUGGUGAUGGCGGCCGCGGCGACGGUGGCCGCGGCAGUCGCGGUCGCGGCCGUGGCGCUCGGGGACGGGACGGUGAUGUUGACGAUUCGCCGCGCGCCCGCGUCAAGCGGCCCAAGGCGUCCAAGGCCGGCCGCUCCCGCGCAGUCGCCGACGAGUCGGCUGCAAGCUCCAAGAGCAAGAGCAAGGGCAAGAGCAAGAGCAAGAGCAAGGCCAAGUCAUCUUCGGGCUCGUCCUCGCAUUCAGACAAGCCGUCCAGCAAGGGCAAGCGUAAGAGCAAGGGCAAGGGCAAGGGCAAGGGCAAGGGCAAGGGCAAGGACAAGUCAAACUCGGGGCCGUCGCGCGACGACAUGCCGUUUCCGUCGGCGCGUCGGCAAGCUGCGCGUGUGACUCGGCCCAAGAGCUCGCGGUCUCGCGACUCCAAGCGCAAGCCGCCGUCAACCGCCUCGUCGUCGCGGUCGCGGGCUCGCCGGCCCGGCUCUGGCUCGGGCUCGGACUUGGGUUCGGGCUCAAAUUCGGGCUCGGGCUCGGGCUCGGGCUCGAGCAGCUCGUUGACCAGCUCGUCGUCCGAAGUCAUCGAGCCGUACCAGCCGCAGCCGGGCGAGGACAUGGAACUGGUACGAAUGAUCGAGACGGAGAUCCUGUCUACACGGCCAAAUGUAAGCUGGGACCAGGUGGCCGAUCUGGAGGAUGCCAAGCGGCUGCUGGAGGAGGCAGUCGUCCUUCCGCUCCUCAUGCCCGACUACUUUCAGGGCAUCCGGCGGCCCUACAAGGGUGUGCUCCUCUUUGGCCCGCCUGGUACCGGCAAGACGAUGCUGGCCAAGGCUGUGGCCACCGAGUGCUCGACCACUUUCUUCAACGUCAGCUCGACCACGCUCGCCUCCAAGUGGCGAGGCGAGUCGGAGCGCCUUGUCCGCAUCCUGUUCAACAUUGCGCGGCACUACGCGCCCUCGACCAUCUUUAUCGACGAGGUCGACUCGCUCUGCUCCUCGCGCUCGUCGCCGAACCAGGCUGAGAGCUCGCGGCGUGUCAAGUCCGAGCUGCUCAUCCAGAUGGACGGCGUCGGGUCGGCGACCCAGGACGCGUCCAAGUCGGUCAUGGUCCUUGCCGCCACCAACUUUCCGUGGCUCCUCGACGAGGCUCUCCGCCGCCGUCUCGAGAAGCGCAUCUACAUCCCGCUGCCGUCACUCAAGGGUCGUCGCAUGCUGCUCGACAUUUCGCUCCGUGGUGUCGACCUCUCCGACGACGUCGACCUCGACUCGCUCGCUACACGCCUCGAGGGCUACUCCGGCUCGGACAUCACAGAGAUCUGCCGCGACGCCGCCAUGAUGGCCAUGCGCACCCGCAUCCGCGGCCUCACUCCGAAACAGAUCAAGGCCCUCUCCAAGAAGGAGCUCGAACCACCGGCCACCAUGGCUGACUUUGAGUCAGCCCUGAGCAAGAUCCACUCGUCCGUCGACGCCGCAGAAGUCGCCAAGCACGUCAAGUGGGAGGCCGAGUUUGGGUCAACGUAGUUGACAUCAAACAACACCAGCUACGA